AUGGGGGAGGCGCCCAGCCCCGCACCGGCGCCCGCGCUCUGGGACUGGGACUACCUGGACCGCUGCUUCGCCCGCCACCGUGUCUGCAUCUCCUUCGGCCUGUGGAUCUGCGCCUCUUCCUGCUGGAUCGCCGUUCACGUGCUGCUUCUGUAUCUGAGAUGUGGGAGGAAAUCUGGACGGGACCAGUCAGUGCUGUGGGCUGCGUGCUGCCUCCUGACCAGCUUGUGUGACACCAUCGGGGCGAUUCUGGCCAAACAGCUCACCAUCCAGGUCUUCACUGGUGCCUACCUGGCAGCUGCCGACCUGGUGACCUUUGUGUCCGUUCUCUUCCCAGUCUGUGGUUCCAAAUUCAAGUCCAGUUCGGGUCGGGGCUCCCGGGAGAGGAAGAGGAGGCGGCAGCUCCGGGCCAGCGUGUUUGCCCUGGUCUUGCCACUGAGCCUGGGCCCGGGCUGGGCUCUGUGUGCCGCUGUCCCGAGGGCUUCAGGCCGUGACCGAGGGCCGCAGCGGAGGCUGCUGGGCAUCCUGGUGCAGGACAAUACGGAAAUCCUCGGCUUCCUGCUGGGUGGCAUCGCGGCCUUGGGCGCCUGGGUUUCCCGGAUCCGCCCACUCUCCAGAAUCUGCCGGGGUAAGACAUUUCCCUCCAUCCACCUGUGGACCCGGUUCCUGUCAGCCCUGGCCGGUCUCCUCUACGCCUCGGCCAUCGUGGCCCAUGACCGGCGGCCUGAGUACCUGCUGCGGGCCACGCCCUGGUUCCUGACCUCGCUCGGCCGCGCGGCGCUGGACCUGUCUAUCAUUUUCCUUUCCUGCGUGAUGAAGAGCAAGAUGAGGCAGGUCUUCGGAUUUGCCUCUGAAGCAGGAGAGAACCCCGACACCCAAGCCCUUCUGACCUGUGCAGAGAAGGAGGAAGAAAACCAGGAGAACUCGGAUUGGGUGCCGCUCACCACACUCCCACACUGCAAGCCGCUCAAGAGGAUGGCAGCCAUCAGUCGCUACAUGGAGCUGACCAUUGAACCGGUGCAGCAGGUGAGCUGCAGUGCCAGCAGGCUGCCUGGCGACGGACAGACAAACACAGGAGCCGCGUCCCUGCAGGAGCCUCCCUCCUACCCUCCGGUUCAGGUCAUCCAGGCCCGUGUGUCCUCCAGCAGCUCCUCCCAGGUCUCUUCCAUCAACUCCGACCUCGAGCAGAAGUAUUGGGAAGCCCUAAUCUCGGAGCAGUGGGAUCCUGAGGAUGUAAACCUUGGAGGGAACAAAGACAGCACGAGACACGCAGAUCACAGGCACACAGGUGGUGAAGCCAGCGGACUUGCCCUCUGA